UAAACACUGCGAUAAGCCAGUAUCUGCUAUAUUCAAGUUCAAGCGAAGAUUAGUCUUGGCUCCGCACAGAAUCGAUAUCACCAUGCUGCUAAAAUCAUUCGCAGCAGUCUUACUGCUGGGGCUGGUGUAUGGCGCCCCCACGAGUGAUGAUGAACACCUCACAAUAACAUCAGAAUACUACGCCGAAUCGCUUGUCGUUUACAAAGGGAAUCAUGACAUCGUCAGUAUCCUUGUACCGCUCAACUCUUUAAACUUCGAUGAAGACGAAUCAUCUGAAUCCGACGAAAGCGAAUCGGAAAUAACUGUCUUCUUCGCCGAAGCUGAUAUAGACGAGAAUGGGAAGCGUGUAGACCAAGGUCUGUACGUGUUGAAGAACGGCAAGGCGAAGAAGAUUCUAGAAAAUGGCAGAGACGCCGCUGCGUCUGGUGACAGCAGCAAAACUGUCUACUUGGCAGCAAGCGACGGCAUUUACGUCUAUAAUCAAGAAGACAACACCGCUGUUAAGUACGGCUCUGUAUCUGAUAGCAUCAUUGGUAUCGCGCAAGAAGUUGAAAGUGAUGUUUUAUACAUCCUAACUGAAGACAAUACCGUGUACAAGGUCACAGACAACGGUAAUAAUAAAGCCAAAAUUGAUGACAUCGUGAACGCUCAACAGAUCGUACUGGACUACUCGAAUAAUCUGUACUUCUAUACCCCUGAUAAGAAAGUACACGUAUACACUUCAGAAAGUGUAAAAGAUAUUGGAGGUCUUCCUGAAAACCCCUCUAAAAUCACCCUGGUUAAGCCACCUAUUCUUUUAGAUAGCGGAAUACCAGUCGUCGUCGAUACCGCAUCAUAUAUUAUUUAUGAGAAUGGUACGACUGAAGACUAUGGCAUUGAUUUCGAAAGUAACACUGUACCAACUGCGUAUGGCAUGGAGGCAGCUUUAAUCCAAUACUAUGCGCAUAAUAAGAAAAUAUACGAGUACAAUAUACUUGCGAUGGUAUUGGGGUCCAUUUUAGACGAACUGAAAAGCUUCUUGAACGACAAAACUGAAAAUAUUCAAAAUAUCGCUACACAGAAACGAAAGGAUCUCAGGAAGAAGGAAUAAAAUCAUCACUUAAGAGUUGUUAUAAUUAAGAAUCAGUUUAAAGCU